UUCGAGCCAAUAAUAUGGGCCCGACAUUUUUAUUUGAACUGCCAGAUAUUCUUUGAAAAAUAGUGGCAACCCUGGUCUUGACUUAGAUCAUACUGUGUGUUCUCUCUGCUUUGUUAAGGUGCGGUUUUUUUUUCUAAAGUUUUUUCGCUGUUCAAGUUUCCCAAAGUAAUGAGUUCCACCGAGUUUAACAUAGGAAUCACCGAUGAAAAAACUUCGAGUCGUGUACUAAAGCCCCCUGGUGGUGGACAUUCGGAUAUAUUUGGAUCCCCCGAGGUCAAAGCAAAUCCUCCGCGCCCAAAAUACAACCAACAGAACUCGUCAAAUAUGAACGGCGUUAUGGGUACGAUCGAUCCAAAUCUAAAAGUCGAACAAAUUCAGAAUGAUCCCGAAAUAGGAGCGGCACAUUUUUCAUCUCAGGCGAACAAAAAUCUAUCUUUCCAGUCAACUCAAGAUUCUUCACAAACGGGAGGACGCGGACGUGUUCCGCCAGGUGGCUUCUCUUCUGGGCUCUGGUAAAUGCGGGAAUGUGGCCAACGCAAGAACUAUUUGUAAGCUUUACGUACAUCUAAAGGCUUUACCGCAUUGUUUCCAGUACCUAUACGACUAAUAACCAAAGAAUAUCGAGUUAUUCUGAUGUUUCAAUUAGUGGUCUAUCUUGUUGGCCACGAAUCACGUUCUUAUUGCUGGAUAUUACUGAAUUGAUCUCGGUGAAUACAUUUAUGGAAAUAUAAAAAAAAAACACUGAA